CUACAGCCUGCACUUUGACCAAGACAUCUCUAUAAAUAACCUUCGAAGAGAACAAGUGGGGAAACGGGUAGAGACAAGCCAUCUUUUACAAGCUGUACCGGCCAUGGAGAGUAAAAAUGCACUGGUGGAAUCAGUGGUAGAUGUUAUCUUCUGCGCAAACCGCAGCGAAUGCCCUGAGCCAGUAAAAGCAGAAGUGCAAGGUAAGCACCAAUUUGCAUUCCUUGCUGUACCCCCACCUGGUUAGUUGUCUCUGGUGGUAACAGAGGGCAGCGAGAGAAGGACUGUAGGUGCUUUGGACCAAGACGCCUGUGAUGCUUAGAACUGGCUGUCAAUCAUGCCGGUUACAGUUCAUAGCACCUGCAGUGCCCAGAGGGAACACAAGAAGCAAAAAUAAAUCCAGGUGUAAAUGUAAGCUUGUGGCACUAUAUAUUACCGCCAUGCGAUGUAUGUUAAAAUAUAUAUAUAUAUAUACUAAAAAUUAAUAUACUUUAAAAAAACAAUAAAAUCAUUUGUAGCUCACAGUGCACGUGAUAAGGUAUAUUUGUCAUUUGGAUAGCACCAACACAAGACAGGUGUAUAAUACUUUGUAAUAUGGAUGAAUAGAGUUAUUUGCUUAAGUGCGAACUGUCAAGAAUUUAUAGUGACUUACAAAAUUUAGGCCUAAGUAGCCAAACUUAAAACAUAGCUGACUGGGAGACCUCAACCUGCGCAAUUUCUGCUAUUUUCCCCCCAGCAAUUUCGGCUAUUUUCGUCUAAAAUGUAAAAUUUAUUUAAAAUUCUAGACAAUUUACACUUUAGUAAAAAAAAAGUUGUCUUUUCAGCAUCACUAAAUAGGAUUGCUCUCUUAAUUUAUUGUAGUUGUACUACAUGUGAUAUUUGCAAUAAGAUAAGAGGUACUUGUCUGCUGUGCUUUCUAUGCAAAAUGAAAGUCAGGUUAUCAAAAAAAGGAACGUGUUGAUUUAAAGUGUAGACUUUAAAAUGAAAGUCAUAAAAAUAGGGCUUCACACCCCGAUUGUUUGUUUAUUUUUGGGGGGAGGUUUUAUAUUUGAAAAUCUAUAGGGUAGUGCUACAUAUUAAAUAAAAUUGCCUGCUUUUUCACGCUUUUUAACAAAUUAAAAUGAAAGUAAGUUUUUCUUAUAAUUUUUCUAGUUCAUAUUUUACUAUGUAGCGUAGGAUUUCAUUUUGUAUUUGAAUAAAAGUUUAAAUUAGGAAAAUUAAGUCAGCCACAUUAUUUUGUAAAUUAGCCUAUUUUGACUAUAUGUACAUAGGUAUGUGUGUUUGCGGUACGGAGGUAUUUGUGUCCAUGUAAAGAUAUGUGUGUUUAUAUGUUUAUGUAAUUUUUUUUUCAAGUAGUCCUAUUAGUCCAGUGAUGCAAAAUAAUAGAGUACUACAGAAUUAUUAAGUAUUUAUUUUUUGGCAGAGUAAGAGAAAGAACUGGAAUCAUACUGCAUCAUGGGAACUUUGAGUAAAUUGACCCUUCCCUCAGAGUGUCAAGCUGUGUUAAUUAGAGAGGAGUAGCUUGUUAAGGAAAACAUUAAGCAUGGUCCAUAGGGUUCAAAUGAUGUGUCAUCACCUCAUGACCCUGGCCAUGUUAGUUCUACAUCACUGGCAGAUCCAUUCUAUCCGGUUACUAUUGUUAUUAUUAAGUCAGGUGGAUUUGUGUCUGCUUUGUGCAAUAUGUUGCAGGUCUCCUAAUGAGCACUGGGAACCGAAAAAUAAUACACAGAUAUCAGAGACACUGUCGUGUUCAGUUAAUUAGUAACAUACGCAAAACAGAAAUCCAUUGAAAUAUUUACUAAGCGAAACAUCCUGGUUAAGGACUCUGCCAUUAAUAAAUUGUGCGCCGAUAUUUAUCCUUCUGCUGUUUUUAAAAGCAACGUUGGCUUGAUCGUGUCAUGCUAUGAAAACAGCUGUUUGAGUUACAGUCUAGAAGUACAGCUGAAGUGCAGAGUUUUGUGAUUUUUUUGUUUCCCCUGCGGAGCUUUGUGCUGCCUUGACACAAUACAUGGCCUUUUGGUGCCUUCUAUACAAGCUGUAGAACCUUGUGUUGCCUCCAGAGCCCUUCAGUGCCUUCUUGUUUACUGUAGAGCCUUAUCCCCUGUUUCCAAUUGCAGCACCAUUUACCGCAUUGCUCAUCUAAAAUGAGCCUCCUGAGCCUUGUGCCUCCCGAUUUCUCACUGUAGAGCCUUGUGCUCCAUUGCUCAUCCAUACUGAACCUUGCAAUGAUUCAUCAUCACCCACCCCCUGCAAAUGUCUGCCUUUUGGACUUGCUCUUGCAAGUUGUAAACCUCAAAUUGGUCCCAAGUUGUGUAGAGUAUGCUUCUCAGUUUAAGAGAAUGGAUCCAGAUUUUACAGCUAGUUUGCUGCCAUAUCCCCUUCAACAACCAAAGUAGCCUGACACUACUUUCUUCUGUCUCCUCCAACACAAGCAGAGCUCAAGGCGGCUUCUUUCCCAUCCAGAAGCUCAAUCUCUUAGUGCUGCCUUCAUUUGGACAGGUCUGUGUUGAAGUGAAAGCAUCUCACAUCACUAUCAUGCGUUUAUAGACCUUCUACUCCUUAAUUAGCUUGAGUAGAAUUUCAUUCCUUGAUUUGCGUUAGAGGAUCUUUACGUUAUCAUUUAAAAACCUUCCGUGCUUCUAUCAAUGGCCAUCCUUGGCUCUAUAGCAGUUAUAACCAUCAAUGGCCCCCCAGAUGUUUGUGAACUCCUUAAUGAUGCUUUGUUAGUUUGAAGGCCCCAGAUGCUUAGCUGAGUAGCAACAUUCAUUAUCACAGCAAACUAUAGCGAUAAGCAUACUGUGAUCAUACAAACAAAUAAAGUGAUUUAGCACACAUAUACAGGAAUGGAUUUACCUUAUGAAAUAUAUAAACAUAUAUAACACAGGUUCUUCGUGUGUAAUUAUUCUUUUACCUAUAUAAAAUAAAUAUACAUACACAGAGUGUAAUCUGUAUUUGCAUAAAAUAUAAUAAAUAGGAGUAGUCUGUAAACUCACAAUUUUUUGAGCCUAUUAAAAGUUGGCUCUGGACUUUUAGCGCAUUUCAUCUCACUCCAGGAGAUAAGUAGAAAAGAUAUUGGACAGUCACACGAACAGGAACUCAGGAGCUUGAUCGUGUCAGCAACAAAGAUUCCAGGAUCCCAGGUGACAGAUAUUACAAAUAUUUAUUAAACUUCAAUAUAUCAAAUAAAAUGAAAUAAAUAAAAGCACAACGCCUUUCAACCUCUGUAAGGUCUUCCUCAGGUGCAGGUAUGCAAUCCACUGGACAUAUAACACAUAUAUAUAGCACUUUCUUAAUUACAGCUGGUAUUGAUUGUAAUGUAAAAUUCCCUCCCACUUACAAAUAUGGUCACGGCCGGAUGUGUUUCGCCAUCCCCAAUAUGGCGCCACUUCCUGUUCAUGGCCAUAACCCAUGCCCUCCCGGCCACAUAGAGCUUGUCUCUUGUCCAUGUUCCUCCUCUUGCACUACAUCAUUUCCGAUGUUGUAUUCCCGGGUGCCAUCAUGUCACUUCCGCUGACGUUUUCCUGACUUUCAGUCCGUCGCGUCAUUUCCGGUGACGUGUUCCUCUGCGAUCUCAUCCCAUUAUAUCAUCAUAAUGUGGCAAUCAUUUUCUCGUGGGCGUCCCAGAGGGAUGAUAUAAGGCAUAUAAAGUCCGUUUUGGAAAUGGGCAUAUAUCCCCAUAAUAUCCAUAGUGUCCAUAAAAUAUGUGCAGCAUAAAGAUAAAAAAUAGAAAAUAACACAAGAUUUUAAAUAUACAUAAUUAAAAGUAUAUAUAUAUAAAUAAAAACAAAUAUUAUAUAAAUAUUUUCUUACUUUUUAAAAAUGACAAAACGAUAUUAGAUAUAUAUAUAAUUUUAAAAAUAUAUAUAUAUAUGUAUAUAAAAAAAAAAUAAUAUUUAAAAAUUGGUUAUGUUAAGAAUAUAGAUAUAUAAAAAGACCAAAGAUAGACAUCAACCCAGAUAGUGUUAAAGGGAGCACAUAAAACAAAGAAUAAAAUCAUAGCAUACAAUUGAUCUCAAAAUUUAUAUUUAGCCCUAGAGGGGUUAAUGUCCUCAUCUCAAAGAUCCAUUUUGAUUCCUGUAGGCUCAAUUUUUUUAGCUAAAUCUCCCCCUCUCCAAUGAUUACUUACUUUUUCUAUUCCAUAAAAUUCUAAAGUGCUAGGGUCUGAAUUGUGUUUUUCUAAAAAAUGCUUAGAUACACUAUGAUUUAUGAAACCUUUCUUGAUGUUUCUAAUGUGCUCUCUAAUCCUAGUUUUGAUCAUUCUAGCUGUCUUGCCCAUAUACUGAUAGCCACACGUACAUUUUAUUAAAUAAAUUAAAUUUUUAGUGUGACAUGAAAUGAAAGUUUUAAUUUUAUACUUUUUAUCGGUUAACGUGGAAACAAAUUAUUUUAUAUUUUUAUUAAUUAUGCUUGAAUUAGUACAUGCAUUACACAAGCCACAAUGGUAAAAGCCCGCUUGGUUUUGUGCCCACAUGGUCAAGAAGUUAUUUGUAACCUUCGGGGCCUUUUUUUCUAUAAAACUUUUUGUCAGUUUUUGUUUAAAAUUCUUAGCCCCCCUAAAAAUAAACUUAGGUUUCUCGCCAAUUAAUUCUUUUAUUUCAUGUUCUUGUCUAAGAAUGUGCCAAUUUUUUCUUAUAAUAUGUUUUACUUUUCCCACAUUGCUUGAAUAAUUAAAAAUGAAUGGGAUAAGAUCUUUAGAGGUAUCUUUGGUUUGGUUCUUUUUUCCAUAUUUUAAAAGUGGUGAUCUUUCUAUAGCAGCAAUAUCUUUGAUCUGUUUUUCCAAAAUCAUCUCACUUUUUCCACAAAUUGUUCUUUUAAAGUGCAUGCUUGUGAAUAAAAGUCCGAAAGAUUUGAACAGUUUCUCCUCAUCCUCAAGAACUGUCCCUUAGGAAUAUUAGAGAGCCAAGGUUGAUGGUGACAGCUUUUAAUUUCAAUAUAGCUGUUAACAUCAACUUGUUUAAAAAACUUCGGGUCAUUAUUUGAUUAUUUAAAAUAUAAAUAUUUAAAUCUAAAAAAUCUAUGUUAUUUUUACUAAUAUUCUUAGUUAAAAUAAUUCCCCAGUCAUUAGUAUCAAGAGUGUUAAAAAACGUAUCAAAUAGAGUAUCUGAUCCCUUCCAAAUUAUAAAAAUAUCUAUAUAUCUUUUAUAAAGAACCAGGUUCGCACCGAAUUCAUGAUCUUGAUAAAUAAACUGUUGUUCCCAAUGAUUCAUGAACAAAUUAGCAUAACUCGGUGCGAACCUGGUCCCCAUUGUUGUUUCUUUCAUUUGUAUGUAAAAAUCAUUCUCAAACCAAAAAUAAUUGUUUUCAAGGAUCAUCUUGAUACCCCAUAAAAUAAAAUCUCUCUGAGUCUCCUUAUAUAGGUUAAAUUGGUCUAGGGAACAUUUUAUAGGCUCGCAUCCUUUUUUAUGCUCAAUUAUUGUAUAUAGACUGGUUACAUCGCAUGUAACUAAGAAGUAGUCUUUUUCCCAUUUAAAAUCCUUUAAAAUAUUUAAUAAACUCAUCGUGUCUUGGAGAUAUGAUUGGCUCUUUUUAACUAAAGGUUGGAGAUGGAAGUCAAUGUAUUGAGAUAAAGGCGAUAGGACUGAAUUAAUGCCCGAUAUUAUUGGACGUCCAGGGGGAUUGAUAGGGUUCUUAUGUAUUUUCGGAAGUAUGUAUAUUACUGGUAUUCUCAGGUGUUCUUGCAAUAAGAAGGACAUUUCUCCUUCAUUAAUAAUACCAUUAUUUAAUCCUUCUUUUAGAUAUAUUCUAUACAUUUCUUUGAUGUCACUUGUUGGGUCUUUAUUUAAUUUUUUAUAUGUAUCUUUAUCCCCUAAUUGUUGUUCUAUCUCCUCUAAAUAUUGCACUCUGUCUAGAAUCACUACUCCCCCCCCCUCUAUCGGCUGGUUUCACUACUAUUGUUGAGUCCUUUUGUAUCUCCUCUAUAGCUCGUUUUUCCUGAAAUGUAAGAUUUUGACAGUACUUAGAUAAGGGUUUUAUUUUAUAAAUUUCUUCAAGACAUGCAAGUUCAAAAACUUUCAUAUUGUCCGAUUUUAAAAACACAGGAUUAAAAUUAGAUUUGCUUUUUAAAUUUGAAUGUAUAAUAUCUAAAUUGUCAUUUUUAAUUAUAUUCUGAUUCGAUAGUAUUUGUGUUUCUUACCGUGUCCAUGAACAUGUGACUGUUGACACUACUGGUGAGAUUAUAGAGCCCUACAAACUGUGGUUUGUCAACAACAUCAAAAAGUAUUAGAGAAAAUUAAACAUUUUUAAUGUAGCUUUCUUUUCCUGGCUAUUAUCCAUGGCAGCAUAUAUUGGGUUAGCAAUACCCGAUCACAGCAGAUGGUACCGGAAAAAGAUGAAAACUGUAUAAAAAAAGCCAUCUUUGUCAUGUGAACCUCAGUGUCCCAAAGCUCCCAAAGUAAAUAAAAGCCUAAUCAACAUAUUACCAUGGAUAACAGCCAAGAAAAUAAAAAAUGGCAUUAUUCAACUUUCAUUUUUCCUGGCUAACAGUGGCACCAUAACAUCAAAUCUUUGAGUGAGAGGAAGGAAACCAGAAACAACAUUCUACAGUUAUCAUGAAAUAUAGGUAGAUAAAGUAGUCAUGAAAUAGCUAGAGGUAUUAUAACUAGUGUUGUCGUGAACCGUUCGCGAACUUUUCACGAACGGUUCGUGGCGAACUACGGUCAGCUGACACAUCCCGGCCAAUCUCCAGCAGACCCUCCCUCCCAGACCCUCCCACCUCCUGGACAGCAUCCAUGUUGAAGCUGCCUUCAGUAAAGUAAUAUGCUCCGAUACACUUUCCAAGCAUGCCAAGUAUGUUUACCAUCCGUUACAAAUUUUCAUAUUCAUAUAAAGAAAACAGAAAAAACUUAGAAACAUAGGUACAAUUGAGUGAAGCACUGGUAGUAUUGUCCCUCGGUAUCCACAUGGGCCAGUGCGUGUUUUAUCGGGUCCAGAGCCGGGCCAGGGCUCCUUUAUGCACUAUAAGCCAUGACCCUGACCUGGUUCUAGCCCAGAGCACCCAACCAGCAAAGCCGCAAUAGUCUGCCACUGUCCCGCUCCCGGCCCCCCAGCCUGUCACCGUGUCCCUGUGUCUGUGUGGACCCUCACAGGCUGAUACUAGAAUCUGUUAAUGGCUGUAUUACCGGUCAAGUGUGCUAUGUCCCCCCCGAGCUGGUCAUCACUGGAAAUGAGAUCAAAGGCUAGUGAUGCCCCCAGUGGGACCAACUGUUGUUAUCGUUCUGUGACCAACUGUGUAAUUGCUCCGCGCUGGGAGAGCGAGAUCCCCCCCCCGUCACCGUCUGGUGUCAAGUGGGUGUCACUUCUCAAACUGUUUCCAUAGAUCCCACACUCUUUGGAAGGUGAUCGUUGUAUUUCGAACCUGUGCCAUCAACUUAUCCAUCAAAUAAUUGUCUUUGAUUUUGACAAUGAGCAUUUCUAAUUGGGGUGUCUCCGGUUUUACCCAGUUUUGAGCUAAAGUUCUGCGGGCUAGCUAUAUCAUGUUUAGUAAUCUUUGUUCAAACUUAUCCAGUCCUUUUGUAGGUCUGGACAAAAGACAUGCUCAGGGAUCUAAAGUUAGCCUCCGUUGUAGGAUGCGUGAGCCUAGGUCUACCACCCCCUUCGAGUAGUCUUUGACUUUGGGACAGUGCCACCACGUGUGGAUGUAGCUGCCUUUCUCCCCACAUAGGUGCCAGCAUGUGUCCGUUGGGCUAGUGUUCAUGUGGUGCUGUUUGACGGGAGUUGUGUACCAUCUGAAAAGUGUUUUGUACGCUUGUUCUUGUAACGUUGUACAAAUUGAAGCUUUUGCACAGGCUUCCCAGAUGUCCUGCCAAUCUAUCCUCUCUAAUGUCUCCCCCAGGUCCGUGUAUUGUAAUGUGCCCCCUGCCUCUGAUUCUGAGCUUAAGUGACUAUAGAGUAGGGAGAUUAGUCCUGUUGCACCCUUUUGAUACUGAUUUGUCCCAGCAUCAUUCUAAGGGGGAUACAUCUGGCUGAGUCAUUUCGGCAAUGCCCACUACGCACAUGGUGGCAUCACAGUAAUGGUGCUGGCAAAUAGCAUUCUUCUUCUCCAUAUAUAUAUAUAUAUAUAUAUUCAUUUCCCCAUUUAGUCCAUGUCCUGUCAUGGUUCUUGUUAUGCGAUUGUGUGCGAUUUCCUUGUUUUUGACCUUGUUCGACUAUUCCUUGACUAUUAUCUACAUUAAGUCUGGCCACUAUAUGGACCGGUAAUUUGUGGCUAUCCUGUAUUUUUCCUUUUGGGAAUUUCUCACUCUUUGUCCUUUUCUCUGCAUGACUGAGGUGUUGCAGCUGAUAUGUAUAAGAAUACUGACGAAGGCACCAAAUGACUUUGAUAGGAUAGUACAGAUGCGAAAAACCAACAUAUCAGCAUAAACAACAAAACAUUUCAAUUAGCACUGAAGCAAAGACAAUAACAGAGAAAGUGCCUUUGAGGAAGUAUAUGUAGUAUCACAGAGAACAUGACUGAGAUACAAUGUUUAUGUAGUCAUUGUUAUCAUAUGACCAGUGUUUGUCAGUAAGAGAAUAGAUAUCCUUCCUAAAUUCCUCCAGUUUAAGUACCAGUGAAAAAAAAAAGUGAAAUAGCAAACAACCUAUCUGGUGAUAACGAAUCGCCAGGAACAUAAAAUAUGUACAUUAUCUAAAAUAUAAAGAAGAUUACAUAGUGAUAUAAACUAUAACUAAAAUAUAGUUUCCAGAAUUGUUAAGGUGAAGAGGCUAUAAAUGAUGAUUUGAGACAGUCAGGAGGUAACAGCUUCUGUGUUUGGAUAGGAACACGCUACUUCUGCAUAAUAACACAUAUUUCAUUCGGGCUUUUGACAUUUCACUUUCAAUAUAGAAGAGAUGGGUGUCUCGAACGCACCCUACCCCAAGCAUGCUUGCAACUUAGUUCUGGGUGUGCAAGGAUUAGAAAUCACUAAUUGUCUGUACUAGAACGAAAAUAUUGAUUUAAAAAAUCCAUUCACCCACAGUGACUUCUAGUAUCAAAAGCUGCCACCACCAUAGCAAGUUAUAAUAUAGUAUCAUAGGUUUCCCGAAGCAACCCAGAAAACAAUUUUACAAUAAAUCUAUGCAAUUAAAAGUACUAAUAAAUUGGUCUCUAAAGGUAAAGUGAAUCAUUACCAGUCAAAGGCAGAUAUGAACAAAACAGUCACAGUGCAUACAUAAGAAACACAGAUGACAAACAAAUCAUUUACACCAACAACAAAAAAUAAUAAAAAGGAGACAUUAACAGAGACUUACUUCUCUGUUAAAAUAAUGGCGUUAACGUUAGAUAUACAGAGUUUAAUCACUUUGCUGCCGGAGAUGUAACUCCACCUCCAGCAGCAUUAUUGGGGUGUCAUUAACUAGUCUAAACCAAGAGUUCUGGCUGGAGAAUGUCCGUUCUUUGCAAUUAGAGUUUCUCACAGCAGCACGAGUCAUGCUGAUGGGCGUCCAAUGGCGGCAUGGCCCCUGCCUCCACGCCUCCCAUAUCAUUUCCUCAGCCCUGAUUAGGCUGCUAGCAAAACCUGGCCUUACCGCUGGAGCGGAGGUAAGUUUUAACUUUAAAUUUGUUAUUUAAAAAGUAAUUUUUUUAAAGAGGGGAGGGGGCGGGGAGGAAUGGACCAGGAUAAGAAGGAUUAUUGUAAACAAACCACUGUUUUACCACCUUUUUUUUUUUUUUUUUGAUUGGAGUAACCCUUUAAGUAUAAAUGUCCAAAAACCCAUGAAUUUCUGAUCAUGCCAACAAAAUGAAAUUUCUAUCAUAAACCCAAAAGCCAAGCUUUGAGAGGCGUAUUUACUCCAAUCUCAAAACAAAUGAUCCAAAGAGCAUAAGUCAUGGAUACUUUAUAUCAUUAUUAGGAAAAAUAGAGAGUAAAUGGAGGGUACUGUUCCUUAAAAUAAAACAAAACAAGUUCUUUAUAUCUAUUGUAUUUACACAAUAAUUGGGGACACAGAUAUCAGAACUUGUGUAACUUUUAAAGGAACACUUGAAGCACCAUAACCACACGGCGUGCUGUAGUGGUAAUAGUGCUUAGAGUGUCCCUUUAAUCUUUUAAUGAUCACAGUCUAUGCUGUCAUAUAGAACACUGUUUUAACAUUAAGUAAUGGCAUAAACUGUCAUGUAUUAAAGGUUACAUCCCUUCUAGUGCCAGGGAGCCUUAGGUAGCAAUCAAUACAUGAGAGUCAAUUAGUGGCCCCAGAAUGAGAGAUGAACUGGCUGUAGAGUUCAAAGUGAGCACACAGCUCUUUAAAUCCCUUUAAAAUACUGUGACUGACCUGUCGUGAUCAGCAGGGGAUUCCGCACUUGCAGGUGACGAAGCAAGACCACCAAUGUAUAAGGGUGCUUAGUACAGUGACACAGAUGGUGUCACUUUACCAAAUCAUAUCUCUAGUAAGUAAGCAAAGAGGCAUGUUAGGGUGUCUGCUAUUUGACUCUACGGUCCCUCAAACUACUGGAAAAGGCAUACAUGUAGGCAGAGGUGUAACUAGAAACCACGGGGCCCCAGUGUGAAAAUUGCCCUGGGACCCCCCCCAUACAUCUAACUCCUGCCACCCCCCCCAUACGUCUAUCAAACACACCUCAGUCAUGCCCAAUGUGUUCCUUUGCAACCGCACCAUUGUCAGGGACCCUAAAACAUACUGUCACCAUUUAGACUGUUUUAUAACCAAUUUUACAUGCCCUUUUCCUGCUCCUGUUGGCUUUCUUAUACUCUGUUCAGCAUACUGUUUUUAUCCAAAUACAUACAACUUUUUGCCUUUUGUGUACAGUAAAACCUGGAAUUGCCGCAGUUGUCACAAUUGAGUAGCCACCCCUCCCCCCACCCCCUUUUAAGGCAGCGUAGGACUGAUGUAAAAAGAAAAGUACUCUAUGUUUUGGAUAGAUGGUCACAUUAACUGCAGUAUUACAAUCUGAAGAAUGGGGGGGAAUAGGGACACAUCCCCCAAAAUUGCCCAUUCUAUAGGUUAGGCAUCGAUUAUGUUUUAUUUAGUUGUCUAUAUUAGCAUUUAUUAUCAUUAGUUAAUAUUAAUUAACUAAUGUUGUAAGAAUGUGUGAAGACUACUUGCUAAGUGCUAAGAGGACAGUUGAUCUGUCGAUGUGAGGUUAUUUAUGCUAGCUCUAUUAUUUUUAAUAGGACAUGUUUAUGAUAACAACCUACAUGGGCACAGUAGUUCAUGGGCACAGUAGUCCACUCAAGCGACAGUAUAGGGACGCGUUUGUUCAGGCCCCCUAAUAUGAAUAGGCGAUGUCAAGGUGUGUUUCUCUCCACUUCCAGCAAUUGGACCAGGGAAGGAGGCUCGGAGAGAACAACAUCACCCACCUGCUGUAAAUGGUUAACUGAUAAGUGGGGACAAGCAAGCAGGCAUUUAAAAACCAGGCUAUAAGGUGACAUUGUGUUUCAGGGUCUCUGAUGAUGAUGCUUCGCACCAAAACAUACAUUGGACCUGCACAGGUGGUGUACAUACGAUUUGAGCACUUAAAGGACCACUAUAGUGCCAGGAAAACAUACUAGGGUCCCCCUCCCGCCGGACUCUAGGGGGUGGAAGGGGUUAAACUUACCUCUUUCUCCAGCGCCGGGCGGGGAACUCUCCGCCUCCUCUCCUCCCUCUUCUCACGUCACUGGCUGAAUGUGCAUGAGCGGCAAGAGUCACGCGCGCAUUCAGCCAGUCUCAAAGGAAAGCAUUCUCAAUGCUUUCCUAUGGACGCUGGCGUCUUCUCACUGUGAAAAUCACAGUGAGAAGCGCGGAAGCGCCUCUAGCAGCUGUCAAUGAGACAGCCACUAGAGGCUGGAUUAACCCUAUUAUAAACAUAGCAUUUUCUUUGAAACUGCUAUGUUUAUAAAAAAUAAAAAAAAAGGGUUAAACCUAGGUGGACCUGGCACCCAGACCACUUCAUUAAGCUGAAGUGGUCUGGGUGCCUAUAGUGGUCCUUUAAUUAUCAUGUUUGAUAUUUCAGUAGAGCUAUGUAGUUUAGUAUCCCAUAUCCUAAAGGGUAUGCAACUUUCUUAUGUUAGGGCAACUGAUGUAUUAUUUAUUUCCUUUUAGUGUAUAAGGCUCAGUAAGUAAGAGUGUAUUAUAUGGUCUAGAGGAGUUAUAAAAGAUUGUGGGAAGAUUUGCAAGAUUUGGGGAAUGUUUGUUGUAAGGAUUCAUUACAUUUUGGGGGCCCUGUGUUUUAGGCCUGCAACAUGAAAUUAGGUUCCCUUCAGUCCCAAGUAAGAUGGCUGGUAUAAAUCUCCUUCACUUUCCAAACCGUCACUGUUUUAUUCGAGUAAGAUUGUGCCACUCUGAAGGUUAAUUGUUUGUAUGGAAAUGGGUCUUAGUUUCUAAAAUAAGUUAGUGUUCUGCUAAACGGACACUAAUACUUUGUAUCACGGAAAUAAUGACUAAAUAUUAGGAGCUCCACUUAUUACAGGCAUACAAAAUUAAAUAGGCGAUACUAUUCUAACCCGAUAUUUUAUUGAUAUUACAGGACAGAUACCAAAAUGGCUGCAGGGAACAUUACUACGCAAUGGCCCUGGAAAACACACUGUAGGGGACAUGUCCUAUAACCACUGGUUUGAUGGCCUGGCCUUGCUACACAGUUUCACUUUCAAAGAUGGUAAGUGUUGGCUUUUCAAAUUAAGUAGAAGUAAAUCUUCAUACAUAUCAUACGCUAUUAUGCAAAUAUAUUGUACUUAAGGCUGUCAUCAUCUUUACUACUGAAAAUAAAAGGCUGAAUUGUAACCUUUUUGUAUAUACGUAUGUAUAUGUAUGCCUCUGUUCACGGAGUCCUUGGUAAUUUCUCUACUGUAAAGUAAUCGGCAGGAACAUUCCAUUCAUUUAUCUGGAGGUGUCCCAGUUCUGAACUAUAUACAUGAAUGUUGUUUUUUAAACUCAUUGAGGGAUAUUUAUCAAAGUGUCUUGAAACAUCACACUUCCAUUUUGUCAUCAUAUUGAUCAUACUUAUUAAAGUCUUCUAAGAGUCGUCUAAAAAUUGGAUGGGUUUCUUUGUAGCAAAUUCAAAUUUUUACAGACAGUUCCUUCUCGGAAGAUCUCAAAACUUAAAAUGGUGGAAAAACGAGAAAUAAAACAGAACAUAUUUUUUUGUUGUAAAAGUGUCUGAAAGAUUGCUAUAUUCAAAAAAUGACAAGGAGCAAAAGAAUCAACAGAUGAAAAAACUGACAGAUGUAAUAAAUCUCGUCAACAAUUGGCCAAAACUGAGAUGUAAAAAUGUUAGCAAGACUUUGAUAAAUCUCCCCCAUUGUUGUAUGUAACCAAAUGACCUGCUUCAGUAGAUAAAUUUCCUAUUUGUAUAUAAGACUGCGUUGUGGUGACACACAUAUAUAACUAUUUUAAUAUAUUUGUACUGUAUAAUGUUUAGGCAAUAGGUCUCAAUUUCAGUCUGAAUUUAUAGUUAUGUUUUAGAUAGAUCAAUAAAAAUUUUUAAAUAAAGGUGAGGGAAAAAAAACAAAAAGGUAUAAGAGCUUGACUGAAGCUUCAUAUUAAGAGGGUUACGCCAGUUGCCCCUACCCACUUCUCCGUUCCUUUUUCCACCUCAAAAUGGCUGUCUGUCCAACAGCUUUCUCAUACAUAACUCCACAAGUGCGGAAUAACCUGUCAGAGAAUAUUAACUCAGUCACCGGUCUAAACUCCCAAAAAUACUUUAAUUCCCAACGAUUUCAACCAAAAACAACUGCACUCAAUGCAAAUUUAUAAUCGUGACUACACAAUUAUAAUUUUAAUUGUAAAUAUAUCUGAUUUAUGUGAAGUCACAAUCUGCUUUCCUAAUUGGCAGGUGAAGUUUACUACAGAAGUAAAUUCCUACGCAGUGAUACCUAUAACUCUAAUAUGGAGGCCAAUAGGAUAGUGGUUUCAGAAUUUGGCACCAUGGCUUAUCCAGAUCCCUGCAAAAAUAUAUUCUCAAAGUAAGUAAACUGAUACUUCCUCUGUGGCUAAUACUAUUUGCUUCAUGCAGUAUCUUAGCUCAUAAACCUGGCUCAAUAAAUUAUUACACACCCAACAUGCACACUGGCGUUAUUAACUGGUAUUUGAGAUCAACCUUAGUAAUACAUUUUAAGUACAUACAUUUGGUGUGCCAACAUCAUUUGUCAUAGUAUAUGUUUGGCAAAUUGAACAGUAGGUGGAGCUGUAGCAAGCUGGACGUACUCUUAAGGAAGUGUAGGGUUUCCAUUGUUUUAUAAUAUUAUGAGAGGGGGGGAUUGAACUAUAAAUAGGAUAAUUACUUAAGAAAACUUACAGGAACGAUAGGUUGAAGAGGACCCUGCUCAAACAAGCUUACAGUCUAUAGGAAGUGGGGUAUAAAACACAUUAGGAUAGGAAAUAUCAAUCAAAUAAGGUGAGGGUGAAGCAGAGCUGGAGAAGAGAGUAGAGUGUUGCCCUUUAGGAGAGAGCAGGUAUGUAAGAUAUGUAAGAUAGAGGUUACUCUGGGAGGACAUAUGCUUUCCUAAAGAAAUGGGUUUUAAGGCACUUCUUAAAUGAUUGAAGACUAGUAGAGAGUCUGAUGGCGGUAGGCAGGCUAUUCCAUAGGAAGGAAGCCACCCGCAAAAAGUCCUGCAAGAGUGAGUUGGCAGUACGGGUGCGAGUAGCGGACAGGAGAAUGUCAUGGGCAGAGCGGAGGGAACGAGGAGGGACAUACCUAUGGAUCUGUGAAGAGAAAUAAGAGGGGCUAGAAUUGUUCAAUGCUUUAUAGGUAUGGGUUAGUACUUUGAAUUGACUCCUAUAGGAUACAGGAAGCCAAUGUAAGGACUGACAGAGGGGUGAGGGGUGAGUGGACUGACUAGAGAGGAAAAUCAGUAUACAAUAGUGAUAGUGGAAUGCACAGAUUGUGGGUAUGUGUGGUAACACUAAAUGUUACAAACCACCUGAGUGGAAACCCAUUACACCACUCAAAAAAAUCAUAAAUAAUACAUACAAUAGGUGGAACACACAUAUUUGGCUCUAUAAAAAGAAUAUAACAUAGUACAAUAUUGUCAGAAAAAAGUUAAAUAUGGUUAUUGCAGGUAGUGGUACUCACAAACAUGGAGCCAAAUCUUAGCAUAUGGCUCUCAUGGGUAGCGCAGUGGGACUCUUAGCAGGACGUCCCCAUCACUCUUCUAGUUGAUCCUUAUCAAAUCUGCAAGGCUGCUGGUAUAAUGACAGAUUCAGAGAUAUUUCUGUCGUAUAAGGGUGCCUUACUCUGGCCUAUAGUGACUGAUCAUUACAUAGGAUGAUUGGAACUGCUCAAUAAGCUAAUAGCACCCAUAUAUGUUCUGAUAAACACAAUUUAUGCUCCCUUGCCCUGCUUAUGACAUAUAUGUUUGACUGCAACUGAGCAAACAUGAUCAUUGAAAUGGAGUAAUUCCAAAUUAAUUCAGGAGAUUUUAAAGCGGCACUGUCACCCCCACCCCUCCUCCGAAAAUCUGAAAGUGUCAACCCCCCCACCCAUCACCAGUGAUGGCUACAGGGAUAUGGCUCUAUCUAUGGAGGAUUACAUGGUCUUUUUGGAUCCUCCAUAGACCUUAAUGCUGUACUCUCAGAGCUUAGAAGGAUCCAGCAGAGGAAGAUGGCGGCGCCCACAAGGGACAUAUUCAGGUAAGUAAGUCUCACCUUUAACUUUUCCCCUCGGCCACCAUGACCCUCAAGUACGAUGUCACCAUCAGGGGUCAUUGCAAAUUCUGCAAAUUCCUCAGACUGCGCAUGUGGCACUUUAAGUUUACCUUAGACUUUAGCUACUGAGUGUGAAAAUUUGUUUUUUUUCUACUUGGUUUCCAGUCCAUGUAUUAUCCAAUCACAAGAAAGCAGCUUCAACUUCAGAUGCUACUUGAAUUAAAAAAAAAAAAAAAGCAACUUAUGGGUGCUAGGGAGAACUUCUCAGAAAUAUAUACUUCUGGUGUGUGGGAUGCCCCCACAUAUCUGACUUAUAGCACCUUAACCAUGACAAUGAAUUUUAUCGGUAUGGUGCAUAGACCGCCUCUUUAAGUUAAAAUAAUAUACUCCUAAUCCCAAAGCAACAGCUAUGUAAUAAUGCUCAGCGCAGACAUUUACUGAAAUAAUAGAUGCGGACAUAUUUUGCAACAGAUUCACAGUGUUUAUUCUCUAUGUGAUGUGGUGAAUUGACAGCUGGUUUGUAAUAUGUAAUCCAAUAAUAAUUAUUCUUUUAAUGUUAUUUUUGCAUGGUAUUUUAUUAACUUAAUUCAAUUUAAUGCUUUAUGAAUAAAUGUCUAGCUUGUAUAACCCCAUGACUCACCUAAAACAUUAACCAUUAUUAUGACGGGGAGGUUCUGUGUCCAUAUCUACUGAUUAAGUUGUUCUUUGCAGAGCUUUCACUUACCUGUCACACGUGGUGCCCGAGUUCACAGAUAAUUGCCUUAUCAACAUUAUAAACUAUGGGAAUGAUUAUUAUGCCUCAUCUGAAACCAAUUUUAUCAGGAAGAUUGAUCCUUCGACCUUGGAAACACUAGAAAAGGUAUGAUCCCUGCCAUUUAGAGAUACAAAAACACACAAACACCCAUAUAUAUACAUGGCCGGUGCAAGGAUUUUUGACUUCACAUGCAACGAUGCAUUUUGCCUCUGCCUCACUCCCUGCUGAGCAAUUUGCAAUUUGCUCAAUGCAUUUUUCUUACAGAGGAUUUCAGAGUUAGUAUUUCGGAGUUAGCUAACGUCUUUGCGCUAGACAAGAGGCUUGUGUUGAGUUUUGAUUGUUAGCGUCAGUUGCUAAUGAAUUGCAACAUGACCAGUUGAAAGCCAAUCGCUAUGUAGAGAUUAGUGGCUGCAAUUGGCUUUCAUUAGUGGCAGCUGGUAACUCCCCAUCUCUACUAAAAGUAGCAAAAGGCAUUUUAGCGAGUAGCGGUUAGCCAGUAAAAUAUAACGACAAGAUUGUAAACGAGCCCUUAGAGAUGUCGCAUUGCCCUGUUGGUAAACCCUAAAGCUGAACUUUAUUGUGUUGAGCAGGUCCUGCAUGUACUCAUAUAAAUUGCUCAUCAUACCUCCAGCAAGCUGAAGCACCAUAGGUACGAUAUGCCUCCCAAAUUCCAUCCAUGUAACAGAAUAACUGUGUACAUGUCUCAGGGUUUUUUUCCCCCAUGAUGCCAGCAAGUAUGCCAAAAACUUUUAGCCAAUUACCGAGAGACUUCGGUAUCCUCUGAUACCUCCGUCUCCUCUAUUCCUCCUCCUUUUUGGAAUCCUUUCUAUCUUCAUCACUUACAUCUAUAUACCCAUCUAGUGAAUAUGUCGACAUAUUCCCCACGCAAAAUAUUUUCUCUUCUGUCAGGCUUAACAUGAGCGCCCACUGGCCCUGCAAAAGGAACAUGCACAUUCUGCCUAGCCGUAUCUGGAAUAAAACCUGUUAGUUCCAUCCUCUCAUUUUCCUCCGAUACCAAUGAUGCUGUUAUUGAUGUGGAGACUACGUCUGCCCCUUCGAACCUUUCCCCCGGCCCCACACUAGCACCCGAACCGAGUCCCAACCCCUUGGAUACCACACCUGUACAAAACCCUUACUCUGGCACUCCACUGCACUCCAAGAAUUAACUAGAGAUUUUAGACUUUCAAGUAGGCCUCCCGAUUGUGGUGUAUAUUGGGACUCACCAUCCGAACCCUCACACGAUGUGAUCCUUGGGGCUGCCGAUUGCGCACCUGUCUCCGCCACUCCUGUCAUCUCCCUGUCCACUGAUAGCGAUCUAGUAGCCUGGCACCAAGUCUGUGCUGUAUGAACUUGUCUUGAAGAUCUACAAAGAGGUGAAAACUUGGAAAGGCCGUACCCUAGAUUCCUGACCUCACCUUUCCCCUCCUGUACCCUCUGAUUUGCUCUGUCCAGAUCGUGUCUUUUGUCUUGGGCCCCUAUUGCGGUUAUGAUUUACUGAAGUGCCCUAUUCCUUAUGCUCGGGUUACUGGACCUAGAAGCAGGAUGUUGGUGGGCGGGUAAAAGGGUGGGCCAUUGAUGUGAAUCAUGUAACCAGAACCGCCCAAAACGCUGAACAUGCUUAAAAAGCGGGCAUGUCUGCACGAAGAAUUAGACUGCCUGCCAAUCAUGCAGAAUGACCAACCAAGGGCAUACUAUGCAGACAGCACCCUGAGAUUGGCAUAAAUACGUCUAAUGAUUUGCUCGCUCAGCGCUUUCUAAGGACUGUCCACUAGCACUCGCUGGUCCACUCCUCUCCUAACCUUCUUACCAGCAGGAAAAGGCUCCUGUUAUACAGUCUGGGCAGAGAAAAGCUGUAUGUAGUAAGUGUAGAAGAAAGGGAACAUGCCACAUUGUUUGCAUAGUGCACAAAGUCAGCUUUACCUUUACUUAAGCAAGAACAUGUGAAGAGUAGUUUUAAAAAAAAAAAAGACAUCUUUCUCCAUCAGCCUCUAUAUUAAUCCAGCCCUGGCGGUAGGGCUUUGGCUCUCGUUUCAUCUCCAGAACUCCUGACAUAGCUGUUCAAAGCGUGUGUCAAAAUGUUCUCUCCAAGUCUGGAGUGAUGAGCUCUCCAAUGUGUUGAGGUGCAGCGGCCAUCUUGGGCAUGUGUUCGGACCACCCUGAGAUUCUGUUGCAGGGGAGCUGUGAGUGCCUCCAGUGGGGACCGGGAUAUCCCCCACUGGUUCAUAGGGUGGUUGCGGGGCUGCAGUAUGGUUGUCAUGCUGAGCUUAAACAACUCCCUUGCUGUUACUCAAAAGGAGGUUUUCUCCACUCCUCAAAGCUAACGGACGUGGCAGGCGUGCUGGGCUAGAAAAUAUCUACUGGCACUGAAAGUUAGUGCCAGGGAAAAAGAAUAAAGCUUGCAAUGGCUGCAGAUACAAGGUCUUCAUCUUUUGCCAGCUGUUUUUUCCUGUCCCCCACCUCCUCAAAGAAAAAACAGAAGAAAAAAAAAAAGGAGAAUAAAUGCAUGCGUUUUUCUUUGGUAUAUCUACUAAAGAGUUAAAACAAAUACAUUAAAAUAAAUUAGUGGAUUUCUGUACCCCAACCCGGCCCAAGUUAUACACCUAUGGAAAAAAGUCAAUAAACUUUAAAUUACAAAAAAAAAAUCAGUGGAGUGUUCCUUUAAACUUGUUGCAGUGACAAACCAGACUUAGGUCAUGUAAGAAGCUGAUGUUCUAUAGUAAUACACCAUUCAUACUGAAUACUUCAGAAAGACGAGAAACGUUUCUACAAUUAUUUAUAAACACUCGGCAUCUCUCUGUGUGCCAGGAAUGUGUGUGCUCAGUUCACCUCCCUUAAGGUCACUGGUAUUUAUUAGCUGAUGUUGAAACCCACAAUUCCGUUACACUACUCGGAUCUGUUUGUGCCAAAUAAGAUACAUCAAAAAGUACAGCUAAUAUUAGGUUACUGAGUGCCAGACUAUCAUUUAUCUGGAAAGGAAUUAUAAGGAAAGGCCAAUAAGAUUAUUUAAAAAUAUACACUGUACAUCAGCAAAAACAUACGGUCUUUCUUGUCCUGUUGAAAUGCUGCAUCCUCUAUCACCGGGGUAGGCAACCUUUGGCAUUCCAGAUGUCAUGGACUACAUUUCUCAUGAUGCCAGCAUUGUGACCAUACGUGCAUUAUAGGAGAUGUAGACCACAACAUCUGGAUUGCCAAAGGUUGUCUAGGCAAGCUCUAUAUAUUUAUAUAUAUAUAUAUAUUUAUUCAUCCUCCUUUCUUGAUCCUCCUGCUUCCUCAUCUUCUGUCCUUCUUUAUCCUCCUUUCCCUCACCUCUCCUACUUCUGCUUCUGUUCCAGGUCAAACUCUCUUUUUAAUUCCAUCUGUUCCAUUCCUACACCAUCUGCUCUUGUCAUACUUUCCCCCUAUCCUGCCCCCUUCUCCUACCUCUGCUCCUGUCCAACUUCAUCAUACUCUAAUCCUGCCCCUUUCUCCUAUCCCUGACAAUUUACAAAUUAGUGCUAUCCAAAAAGCUUCUAAAAGCCUUACAUUGCUUUACUCUGGUAUGAAUGUCUUUUUGCAGGUAGAUUAUCUGAAAUAUGUAACAGUGAAUUUAGCGACCUCUCACCCCCACUAUGAUAGUGCCGGGAACACAUUAAACAUGGGAACAUCAAUUGGUGACAAAGGGAAGACAAAAUACACUGUGUUUAAGAUUCCUCCUGCUUCUGCAGGUAAGAUACAUCACUAAGGACUCUACAUUUAUAUGAAUAGAGAUUUCAUUUUUAAAGCCAAUAUCUGGGUUACAAAUGGCAUAAUACUGCAGCUGAUUGACCAAGUCUAUGAAAUAUGAUUUUGAAAUAGUACUUGAGAGAAGAAGUUUGAAUUUUUUUUUAAAUCAAACCAAUUUUCGAGAACCACCAAUAUCUGGGUUUUAGCAAGUAUUUUUUUGGUUCUUUAUUAUUUGUGGUUCAUGAAGACUGGUUCGAGAAAAUCAGUUUUAGCCAUUUUCCUUACUAAAUGUUGAUUGUUUUUAACAUUUUGAGAAACUUUGACAAUUACUAAAAUCUUCACAAUGUAAGGCAGUGGCGGAUCCAGAGCCUGAUCUCGGGAGGGGCACUUGUAGAUUAUUUAAAUAAAUAAUCCAGGCACAAUAACCACUACAGCUCAGUGUAGUAGUUAUGGUGUCAGUAGUGCCAGGAUUCCACCCCAGAGUAAGUAGUCAUACCGUUUAAGAACAGUUUAACAACUUACCUGGGAUCUGCUGGGAUAUAGGGUAUAGGAGCAGUGGUGUGUGUUAAGGGUAAAAGUGUGUGAGUGCGGCAGUGUAUGUCAGGAUUGUAGUGUGUGUGUUAGGGGGCAGUGUAUGUAUGGGGGCACUGUAUGUGUUUUUGGGGCAGUGUGUGUAUGGGGGACAGUGUGUGUAUGGGGACAGUGUUUGUGGGGCAGUGUGUGUGUAUGGGGGCAGUGUGUGUAUGGGGACAGUGUUUGUGGGGCAGUGUGUGUAUGGGGACAGUGUUUGUGGGGCAGUGUGUGUAUGGCAGUGUUUGUGGGGCAGUGUAUGGGGACAGUGUGUGUAUGGGGACAGUGUUUGUGGGGCAGUGUGUGUAUGGGGGGCAGUGUGUGGGGCAGUGUGUGUAUGGGGACAGUGUUUGUGGGGCAGUGUGUGUAUGGGGGCAGUGUGUGCAUGGGACAGUGUUUGUGGGGCAGUGUGUGUUUGUGGGGCAGUGUGUGUAUGGGGGCAGUGUGUGUAUGGGGGCAGUGUUUGUGGGGGCAGUGUGUGUUUUGUGGGGCAGUGUGUAUGGGGGGCAGUGUGUGUAUGGGGGGCAGUGUUUGUGGGGCAGUGUGUGUAUGGGGACAAUGUUUGUGGGGCAGUGUGUGUAUGGGGGGCAGUGUGUGUAUGGGGACAGUGUUUGUGGGGCAGUGUGUGUAUGGGGGGCAGUGUGUGUAUGGGGACAGUGUUUGUGGGGCAGUGUGUGUUUGGGGGGCAGUGUGUGUAUGGGGACAGUGUUUGUGGGGCAGUGUGUGUUUGUGGGGCAGUGUGUGUAUGGGUGGCAGUGUGUGUAUGGGGACAGUGUUUGUGGGGCAGAAUAUUUAUUUUAAAAAUGUAUUAUAAAAAAACCUCCUCCCCCCCCCCCAUUACACAUACUGCCCCACAAACACUAUCCCCAUACACACACACUGCCCCCCUGUAAUGGGGCAGUGUGUGUAAUGGGGGGGGGGGGAGGCUUUUUAAUAAUAAUUAAUAAAAAAAAAUUAAAAAUUUAAUAAAAUAAAUAUGUCCCCCCUCCCUUCUUACCUUUAUUGAGCAGGAGGGGGGACAUUUCUCCGUCCCUGGUGGUCCCAGUGGUGAUUCCCUGGUGGUCAGGUGGUCAGAGUGAACUCUAGCCCACGCUCCCGGGCUAGAGUUCACUCUCGCGAGAUUUGGAGCGUUGCCGUGGUAACCGCGGCAACGCUUUAAAUCCUGCGAGAGGAGGACCCGGAGGAGCUGCAGACUGAGCUCCGGGUCCUCUCUCUCACUCCCUCCCUCCACUGCCGGCCGCCAGCACAGUGCCUGCGGACCGGGGAGGGAGAGCUCUGAUCUCCCCUCCGGUCCGCAGGCACAUUGCAGGGCUGGCACUUGGGCAAUGCCAGCCCUGCGUUAGCCAGCAGGGGGGAAUCUCGGGGGGGGGGGCAAUUGCCCCGUUGCCCCCCCCCUGGAUCCGCCAAUGAUGUAAGAAAACAUUCCAUAAUUAUGGGAAAUCUCUGUAUUUCAAACUUGCUAUCUUUGGUGACAUAGAGGUCAGAAAUAAAGUCUACACCAGGGGUAGGCAACCUUCGUCACUUCAGAUGUGGUAGACUACAUCUCCCAUAAUGUUUUUAUAGCCAUAAUGCUGCCAAAGCAUCAGGGAAGAUGUGGUCCACAACAUAUGGAGUGUCAAAAGUUGCCUUCAAGUAGAUAAGGAGCUGCUUUUUGGUAAUGACAAUAUUUUGAAAAGAAUGUGUAGCCUUAGAAUACAAAGAUAAGUACUAUCUGGCCAUCCUGUUGGUUUGGAUUAUUGACCUCGAUUCUUAGCUAGCUGUGUUAUUUGACAUCAUCAAGUUAGUAGUCCAUUGCUUCUUUUGUGUUAAAGACUGGGUACAUCUCUUAUGUGUCAUACAUUUAUUAACAUUCUGAAAUACUUCAUCAGAUACUUUAAUAUGUUCUGGUUCUCUUAGAUAACGAAAAGAAGUCCCCCUUGAAAAAUGCUGAAGUUCUGUGCUCCAUCCCAGCUCAUCGUCUUCUAAGCCCCAGCUACUACCACAGCUUCGGAAUGACUGAAAACUAUAUCAUCUUUAUAGAGCAACCAUUAAAAUUAGACAUCUUGAAAAUGGCAACUGCCUUUUUCCGGGGAGUCAACUGGGCUUCAUGCAUUGACUUCAAUAAUGACGAGAAGGUAUUAUUAUUGUAAAUUAAGGCAUUUUCAUUUAAAUCUUGUGGCACAUGGCUCCAUUCCCUUUAAAUAAAAAUAUGCUCUUCUUCCAAUAUUAAAUGAUAACACAUAUGAUGUUCGUAUUGGUCGGGGCUUGACAAUUUUCCCUAAAACUUAGAAGCCAUGGCCAUAUGUUUGGAAGCCGCAACUUGUUCUUCACAUACACACUUAACCAAACUCUCCCACACUAACUUUCUGACAAAUAUCUCAUUAUCCACACUCACAGUACACCAGCCAUUCUCAACUAGCUGCAGACUCUAACCGAAUGAGCUGCAAACUGUCACACACAAAACAAGCACAUACAGCAUACAUAUACACACACAAUUAGUAAAUAACUCACAUACAUAAACAUACACAAACAAAGAUAACUUACACAUAUACAUACAUUCGUGCACACAAACAUGAUCAUACACAGACACUCACACGUGUAGAUACUAGGCAGCUAAACCCAUAAAUAUAUGCAUUCAUACAUUUACCCACAUAAACACAUCAAUGUAUGCACAUACACACAGUCCCCUAUACAUAUAUGUUGAUUAAUAGGCACAGACAGACAAAACCGUCAUAAAAUACAGGGAUCUGACCGACCCUUAGUCUUUAAGAUGUUUGGGAAAGUAGGAAUUCUCUGUGAUAUUAGUAAUUAAUUUACUGAAACCAUCCUGCUGCUGCACACAUGCUUCUGUACAUUUUGUUUUUACAUAUGAUAUAUGUUACAUAUACAACAAUUCACCUUCCUCAGUAUUUAUCCAGAGCACCUGCACAGAAUCUUGUUUACAAGCAAUAUAAGAUCAGUGUGUCCGGCUCCAGGCUAAUUUAAUCAUUAUCUUAGUUUUGGCAAAACAAUAACAAUUCAUUCAUUACACAAUUUCAAUAUACUCCACACUACAAUGGUCACGUGUCUCUGAUCAGAUUAACCCGGUCCAGCAAUCCAUUACAACUCCUUAUGCAGCUGUUUAAAUGAACACUCCUUUAAAAGCAGUGCUGACGUCCUUUAUGUGUCAGGAUCAUCUCAUUUUAAUUGCACUCAAACAAAUUUUGAUUUCUGUUUUAAAUAAGCUCUUUUAUAAUUCACUACAAAAAUGUCUCUCAGGCUGUCAACCAGAAUGCUGUGGAGUUACAUUCCACUUCCAUUAGCUCCACGCAGCUAACAUGCCUUCUACUCCAAGUCACCACACAUCCACAGAGCUCAUUGUAGCCAUGCGUGCUGCUUGUCCAAGGGCCUCACUUGCCCGGCUAUGACUUCUCAUUAAUCAGUACUAUAACUCAGGGACAAGUCUAUGAAUUGGAAAGCCACAAGCUCACAGUUUAAAAUCAGAAAUGUCUCAAUGAGAAGAAGACAAGAGGUCUGCAGAUUUUGCAAUCUGUUUUUGAUAUAUAACCAAAGAAAAAAUGCAGACCAUGCAUAUCUACUAAAUAGUUUUUCUUUAAUGUAAACAAGUUUCAAAGACAAGUAUCUGAGUGGCAUGCGCUCUAAUUUAAAAUUAUUCAAUGUUUUGACUCUAGCCCUUUCCCCCUUUCCCCCUUUGCCUCUUAUUCUUCUUUUCAUCUUUCUUUAGCCUUCUUUCUCUCCUCCCCUCUACAUCAAUAUCCCAAAUUUGUCCUGUGACUCUUCCUGUCUCUGUUGUAGUUAUUUCACUUCUUUCCCCUCCGGGUUGCACCUGACUUUUUUAUUAAUAUGAAAAAGAGGUGCAGAAACUGCUGACUACCCCGCAGUGAGAUCCAACCCUAGAUUCAAUGUUCAUUCCUGUCCCAUGUUUAAUUCCUCUAUUGACUCUGUUCAUGUUCACAAUGCUUGUUUUUCUUCAACUUACUGAUUUUUAUAAACUUGGUAUGCAAAUAAGAAUCAAUCAUUGCAAAUAUUGAUUGUAUUGUAUCUCAUCAUUCGUAGACUUGGAUCCACAUUAUUGAUAAAAGGACCAAAAAGCCAGUUCCAGUGAAGUUUUAUACAGAUGCCUUGGUGACUUACCAUCACAUUAAUGCAUAUGAAGAAGAGGGACAUAUAGUUUUUGAUAUUAUCGCAUAUAAAGACAAUAACUUGUACGAGAUGUUUUAUGCAGCAAAUUUAAGGAAGGAUCUUUCUGAAGAAUCUGUGUUGACCUCUAUUCCUACCUGCAAGCGUUUUGUCAUCCCAUUACAAGAAGAGAAGGUUAGUUCAACUUAAAUUAGUUUGAAGAUCUGCCUGUCUUACCUGUGGACACCUACCAAAGCCAGUACUGGCACCCUGAGGCUAUUUAUACUUGUGAGUGAAACCAUAUACCCACUCAUUGUACAUUGUAUUGUAAUAGAUUACACUAUGUAUGUUUUAUCUAUUUCUUUUUAGACACAGUAUUCCUGUACUAGUGAAUAUUGCCUGAUACUGUUAAGUAUAUGUUAUUAUUUUUAUCUUUCCACUGCAACACAGGGUGCUGUGCAUUUUAAUAGUGGUUUUACCUCUAUUUGCUUUUGUUUAUUUACAGCAUAUAGUUUGCAGCUUUCGACAUUAAGCUUUUCCCAAAGUAGAAAGUACAACUGUCAGCCAAUUGUAGCUUAUUUCCUGUAUUAAAUAAACCUAUCCCAUAAACUUCACCUGGGACUAAUAGAAACUGAUGUCCAAUACCCAGGAGCAGGUCCAUUCUGCAAUAUGUAUGAAACACAUCUAUUUUAAUAGCAGACAGAGCAUGACUGCUAUAUGCAUACUGGAAGCUCCAUUCAUUGUUUUAUAUUGGUAGUUAUAGGACCCGAUUUAGGUCCAUUACAGUAAUCUGUGAAGGAACCUAAAACAGUAGGUGGGAACCUCUGCAGCCUUAACUGGAUUGUCUUCCCUACCUUCUAUUAAUUAUAUUUAAGCUUACAGGAAGUGAAUAUAGUAGACUGUAUGUGCCCAUUACUUGCAGCCACUCAAUCAAUAUUAUCCAUAUCGACACUUUAUCAGCAUUUACGAGAUUGUUAACUUUUACAUUGUAGUUUUCUAAGAAUGCAGAUGUGGGAGUCAACCUAGUGAAACUUCCAACGACCACGGCAAGGGCUACAAAAGACAAAAAUGGAGAGAUAGCGUGCCACCCAGAAGACUUAUGUGAAGGUAUAUAUAUAUAUAUAUAAAUGGAUCUCUAUCUAUCUCACUGUACACUCACUUACUAAACACCAGCUUCAAAGCUCACAAAUAUGUACAGGGCUCAAAAUUUAAAGCCUUCAGCUAAAAUGUACUCGCCACCUCAAAAGUGCAUAUAAUUGCAGAAUUUUGGUUUUAAUGUAUGUCAUGAUCAGGGCAUGAAGUGCCAGUGUGUCUGUGAAUGCAGGUGUCAUAUGAGUAAGAUAGGAGCUCAAAAAAUGCAGGAAAAAAGAAAUUAUGGGAAAAUCCUGAAGGCGAGGUGAAAGUCCGUUCCAAGGUCAUAAUCAAAGAAUAGAAAAUAUGUUCUAAGCGUAUAGACAGUAUAGGCAAAUUCUAGAAACAGGGAACUUAAGCCAAGGGUCAUAACAUGAGAAAUAUACAGUAUUAGAAACUGGUCAGAUCGUUCUUUGCUUUUGAAGAAAGCACCUGUUCAGGUCAUACCCCCUGCUGACCUCCCUGCACCUCUCAAAACUCCCAGCGUGAGCUGGGAUUGGAGCAUUGCCUUUGGAGGUUGAAAAUGCACCAAUCCACCGCCACAAGUCCCUGGACAACCCAGAAGGUGUCUGGUCUUCCCCAUCCUGAAUAGUGUCGCUGACCCCCCAGCACCAUGCCUCCUUAGUCUGCAGAACAGCACACUAGCCGGGAGCAGGUAAGUGCAAACCUGACAACAUAAGUGACGUGUAGGUGUGUUACAAAUGCAGGAAUGUGUUUGUGUGAAUGCUGGAGUAUAUUUGUGUUGUGUCUGUGUGUGAAUGCGGGGAUGUACUUGUGUGGAUGAAGGAGUGUAUAUACACCUAUCCUCCUUCCAUUUUUACCUCUCCCCAUCCAUGCCCCUUCUUCUUCCUUAUAUAUAUGCCUCAUCCAUGCCCCUUCUUCUUCCUUAUAUAUAUGCCUCAUCCAUGCCCCUUAUUCUUUCUUUCUAUAUGCCUCUUCUUCUACCUAUCCAUACUCUGUUUCUACAUGCCCCAUUAAUCUGCUCAGUCAUUUCCAUCUCUAUGUUUCUUCUAAUUCUCUUUUCAUCCAUAAACUAUGAUCCAAAUGUGUUACUUCCCUGGUAUCUGGUGGUUGGAAGGAUCUGUGAGGAGUUGUACGUGGGCUGAUUCUAAAUACAGCUCCCUCACGGCUCAUUUAUGUUUCUGUCCAUACAGCCCUUGCCACACCUUCACUGGCUGUGACUGAUUAAAGGUUAACUUUUUUCAAGUUUCUAUCUCCUGCUAUGCAAAUUGAACUUUACUCACAGAUCCCCUGCAGGGUCUAGCAAGCUAUCAAUAGAGUGGGAGAUAAGAAAUUCAAAAUUAAACAAACUGUGCAAUAAAGGAAGUGUAAAAAAAUAAAUCACACUUUACAGGAAGUGUUUAGUAAGGUGUGACUAGAGCUGUAUAAACAAAGUGAUUUAACUCUUAAAGAGAAUUGAGCAGUGAGACUGCAGGGGCAUGAUCUGUACACGAAAACGGCUUCAUUGAGCUAAAGUUGUUUUGUUACAUAGAGUGUCCUUUUAAGGACAGGGUUGGGAACCAAUGAACAUAUACAUCCCAUUUAAAACUCAGGCCUCAAUUUAAUAUCAUUUGGGAGAGUCUAAUUAGAUGCUUUAAGACAUGUGUCUUGAUGUUAAUUUUAUUACAUUUGAAGAUUCGGUCCUUGAGCUAAUUUUUAAGUUGACUAAUGGAUCAUCAAGCUAAUGCCAUGUUUAAACAUUGGGGCUGUGUAAAAAAAAAAUAGGUUAAGAGCUGAGAGUUGCAGUGGAUGUUGGGGGAAAAAAAAGGUAUGCAGCAAGUUUAUUUUAUAUUGUAGAGUAAAAUGUCUUCAUUAAUAGAACUGGAGUCACAAUCUGUGAAUCAGCACAUACAAAAUGUUUAAAUAUGUUUUUAUAUUUUUUAGGAAUCGAGUUGCCACGUAUCAACUAUGACUACUACAAUGGCAAAAAAUACAGAUAUGUGUAUGCAUCGCAUGUGGAAUGGCGACCGAUUCCUACCAAGGUAAAACAUUUUUAUCUGAAUGUAUCAUUUUUCUUGUAUGGCCAUAAAAAAUACAUAAGUCAAUUAUGAUAUAUACAAUUAAACAUACAAGAGAAUGUUAAUGAGUGCAGUGCUCUAAUUAUUAUUAUUUAUAAAGCUCCAACAAAGUCUGCCGCACUGUACAAUGGGUGGACUAACAGACCAAUAUUUACAACAAGACAAGUUAAACUCACAGGAACAGAGGGUGUUGACGGCCCUCUGACGAGCUUACAUUCUAGACGGAAUGAGUUUAGAUUUGAAAAGAAGUGGGUUUAAUUCAUUAAACAGUAAUAAUAUGGAUUUCUAAAAUAGUGUGCUCUAUUUACAAGAGGUUUUAGUACACAUGUGUUACAAAGUAUUAUGAUAUUUUAAUUUACUAUGCCAGAGAAGACAUAGGUUCAAAUGAGACAUGUGUCCAUCAAGUUCAGCCUUUCUCAUAUCUGUUUUUGCCGUUGAUCCAAAAGAAAGCAAAAAAACAGUUUAGGGGCAAAGGGGGUAGGGGUCUAGGCUUGACCGCCAUACUGAGCAGUUGCACUGAGAACGAGCACCAGGUGAAAGCCUAUGAAUCUGAUAAAUUACUGACUCCUCAUUGAGUAAAUUUGCACUGCCUGGGCCGGCGACGACCUACAAGUCUCGGGGAGACAAACUCUACAGAGUUACAUUACUUACCACUUUUGUCAAGCUUAAAAAUUUACCAUUAUUGACAACUCUCCGUACUCUAUCUUUUAGCCAAUGUUCUACCCAAGAACAAGAAUUUUCAUAUAGACCAAUUUCUUUACUAAGAAACACUAUCCUAUUUUGUGGACCUGUACUAAAUGUAGUAACCUUUCAAAUACUUUCUCAAUCACAGAAGUUAAAUAAACACUAUCACUGCUGUGGAGUCAGUGGCUGGUGGUGAGGGGAUGGGGGGGGGAGGGCGGGUAAGGUUGAGAUUUACUUACCUGAACCUGUCCCUCGCGGAUGCAGCCAUCUUAUUCCGGUGAGUCUUUUUCAGCCAAGAGCCGACCUCACUGCUGUUUUCUUGUCCAUGUGCGAGUGUACAUCAUUGAGGUCUAUGGAGAAAUGUAGAAUGUGACAGCAGAUAGGAACCAUUUGACCGAUCGAGCCUGCCAAAUUUUCAAAAUACUUUCAUUAAUCUCUGGCCUUAUCUUAUAGUUUAUGUCUUGCGAGACAGCGGGAUCCUACAUAGACAGAGCCACUUCCUUUCAGCUGUCACUGGAGAUGACUGUCUGGAUUGACACUGAAUCUCUAGGAAAGUCAGACAGAGAAAAUAUACAAAGACAAAGUAGUCCUUACUUUGUGUCUGUACAUCUCUUGAAUGGGUUGGAAUUCCUGUGAAAUUCCAACACAGUCAUAAUGAAAAUUUCAUGAAGAUUCUAUCUUUAUGAAAUAUUCAUUUUACAGGGGAGGUAAUUGUGCCGCCUUAAGCUCACAGGUCUAAAAUUUCCAGGCAAAGAUUUCAAACCUAUACCUUAAGUGGGUGUUACCUUAAGAACCAGGACUUUAAGGCUCUGGAAAAGGUGAGCUCAAUACCUACAUUUAUCAUUGUAUGGUAUUUUAUUAACUAUAUUACACAUUGGAUGCAUCUACCAUUUCAUUCUUUUUGGAGGAAACAUCAACGGAAAAUAAUGGUGGGAUGCUGCCCUAAAAAGCAUACAAGCCCUGUUUACGGAGCCAAUUCUGUAGGCUCUUUGAAAUGUGAGUGAUCCAUUCUGCUAUUUGAUUGAAUUAUCACAGUGUAUUACAAUCUAAACUAUAUUGCAUCUUCUAUUUUUAUAUAUAUAUAUACACAUACACACACACAUUUGACGUGCACGGUCCGAUCAAGACCUUGAGGGGCAACCCGAAAAUUCUCAUAGCGCUCCACUUAAAAGGUAUAGGUUUUUCAUAUACCAAUUUCUGUCUUUUUGUAAAAUUGUGUGUGGAGUAAAGGGUAAUCCACACUAGUGUACAGAGGUGCUAUAUACCAUUUUCACUAUAAACACUUUUUUUUUGUAACACACAUUCUCCCAAAAGGAGAUUUUGUUUAAAGAUUUCAAACCCUUUUUGGAUAUAGGAACUAAACUGCCUUCCUCCAAUCCUCCGGUACAAUUCUUGAAAUAAAAGAAUCCUGAAAUUAAAUCCAUUAUAAACAGAGGUUCACUUUAGACACGUGCAAUUCGUUUCAGUCUGAAUAUGAAUUCGGACGAAUUUCGGACAAUUCGAACAUUUGGGUACUUCCGAAUGUCCGAAUAGCCGAAUUGCCGAAGUGCUGAAUUGCUGAGGUCCCGAAGUUCUGAAAUUAAUGAAUUUCCAAAGUGUCGAAGUGCCGAAGGUCUGAAUUGCCGAAGUUCCAAAGUAUCAAAGUGCCGAAGUUCCGAAGCACAAUAUUGUCUAAGGACUAAUAUACUUACCCAGUGGAAGAAGAAGAAUGUUACACUGUAUACAAGUUUAAAUAAAAAGUAUACAAACAUAGCCAGGAUUCAGCUAUACUGCGAGUAGGGGCACGUCUAUUAAAAAAACAAAAAAACAAAACACAUUCCCCCUCCCAAGCCCCCACCUGUGCCGCGCGAGUGGGGGCUUCUAUCCUGAAGGGGGGACCUAUUGCCCCCCCCGGCCCCCACCCCUGAAUGGCGGGUGGGGGCCCUAAAGUAAAAUAAGGGGGGGGACCUAUUGUCCUCCCCCAUGGGUGGGGGCCCUAAAUUAGAAAAAAGGGGGAACCUAUUGUCCUCCCCCUGGCCCCCACCCAUGAGCAGUGGGUGGGGGCCCUAAAUUAGAAUAAGGGGGGGACCUAUUGUGCUCCCCCCGCCCCCCACCCCUGAGCGGUGGGUUGGGGCCCUAAAUUAGAAUGAGGGGGGGACCUAAUGUCCUCCCCCUGGCCCCCACCCCUGAGCGGUGGGUGGGGGCCCUAAAUACUAAUUAGGGGGGUGGACCUGAGCGGUGGGUGGGGGCCCUAAAUUAGAAUGAGGGGGGGACCUAAUGUCCUCCCCCCAGGUCUCACCCAUGAGCGGUGGGUGGGGGCCCUAAAUACUAAUUGGGGGGGGGACCUAAUGUCCUCCCCCCUGGCCCCCACCCCUGAGCAGUGGGUGGGAGCCCUAAAAACUAAUUGGGGGGGACUAAUGUCCUCCCCCUGGCCCCCACCCCUGAGCGGUGGGUGGGGGCCCUAAAUUAGAAUGAGGGGGGCCUAAUGUCCUCCCCCUGGUCCACACCCCUGUGCGGUGGGUGGGCGCCCUAAAUACUAAUUAGGGGGACCUAAUGUCCUCCCCUCUGCCCCCCUAAUUAGUAUUUAGGGGCCCCACCCACCGCUCAGGUGGGUGGGUUUAGGUCCUCCCCCCUGGCCCCCACCCUUGAGGGGUGGGUGGGCCCUAAAUUAGAAUGAGGGGGAGGACCUAAUGUCCUCCCCACUGGCCCCCACCCCUGAGCGGUGAGUGGGGGCCCUAAAUUAGAAUGGGGGGGGACCUAGUGUCCUCCCCCCUUGCCCCCACCCCUGAGCGGUGGGUGGGGGCCCUAAAUACUAAUUAGGGGGGGGCCAGGGGAGGACAUUAGCUCCCCCAUCUAAUUAGUAUUUAGGGCCCCCACCCACCGCUCAGGGGUGGGGGCCAGGGUGAGGACAUUAGGUCCCCCCCUCAUUCUAAUUUAGGGCCCCAACCCACUGCUCAGGGGCUGGGGCCAGGGGGGAGGACAUUAGGUCCCCCCCCCAAUUAGUAUUUAGGGCCCCCACCCACCACUCAGGGGUGGGGGCCUCGGGGGAGGACUUUUGGUCCCCCCCUCAUUCUAAUUUAGGGCCCCCACCCACCACUCAGGUCCCUCCCCCAUUAUUUUUUUUAGGGCCCCCACCCGCCGCUCAGGGGUGCGGGCCGUUGGGGGCAAUAGUUUAGUUUAAAAGCCGGGAGGGGGGGACCCUUUUUUUUUUUUUAACAGUGAGCAGCCACUGGCUGCUCACUGUUUACUAGAGAUGCCCCUACUCGUGGUAUAGCGAGUAGGGGCAUAAUUUACUAAUACUAAGUAAUCUUAAACACCUGUGUGGUAACCUCUCUAUCCACACCAAUCCAAAACAAACAUAUACAUACACAAUAGGUGGCGUAUCUUUGGUUCUUGGGUACAAGGUAUGGGGUAAUUUGGGGUAAUUUGCAAAAGUACAAUGAAGUAGCUGUAGAGACAAAAGAUAUUGACAAGCACCUAGUGCAACAUCAUACAGUACAUGGGUAACUUAAUAUUAGUUGUAUGAUUCAGUACUCACAAGGACAGAGCCAGAUGAAUAUGGCUCAGUUUAAACGCCUGUGGGAUAGUUUGAAGGGAUCCCACUCCCUAUAGGUGUAGUGGCUGAUGUUGCGUCCUUUAGUAGUUCCGAAAAAUAAUCCACACCAAGAAAUGAGGAAAAACAAUACUUCUUUUAAUAAAACGUUAUAACAGAUAAAAUACAAAUAAAAAAUUGGUAACAAACUUCUAGCAUGUCAGACCACUCGAGGUGGCUAAGUAAAAAAGUCCACUUUGGGGUAGCAAUAUACACCUAUUGUGUAUGUAUAUGUCUGUUUCUUUUAUAUGUAUUACCCAAUGGUACAUACUGAGAAGUGUUUUUUAAUGUUUGUUAGAAGAUAGUCCAUUUAUCCUCAGAUUUUUUUUUCACGAAAGAGUUUAUGCCAGUCAGUAUGUUGUAAAACUGCUCUUAUCUUAGGAAAUUGACCUUUUUACAAUUAUAUAUUUUAGUAUACCACGUGUGCUUUUUUUUCUUUGUUUAUUUCAAAAAAGUGUUUGGAUGUUUGUCAAAAGAUCUACAUUGUUUGUUAUAACCAGAUCCAGUUGGGGCAUGUGCCAUUUGUGACAUGGUGUCAUUUAACACAUUCAAAAACCUUUCAUUCCCUUACUGAACUAGUUCCUUUAUCCCAGUUUAUGUCCGGGUCAUUAUAAUCUCCAUUAAAGGACCACUCUAGGCACCCAGACCACUUCAGCUUAAUGCACGCAUGCGCAUUCAGCCGAAGAGGAGGAGAGGAGGAGGCGGCGAGCUCCCCACCCGGCGCUGGAGAAGGAGGUAAGAUUUAACCCUUUCCUCGCCAUCCAGCCAGGGCCGGACUGGCCCACCGGGAUACCGGGAAAUUUCCCGGUGGGCCGUCGGCACCUGGGGCCGGGGAGACAUUUGGUGACCUGCGGCCACAGGGAGAACUUGGAUGGUGGCCGCAGGGAGAGCUCUUCCAGCGGCCGCAGGGGGAGCAGGCUGUUCUGUCUCUGCUCCCCCGCCCUUGCGCGCUAGUUAAUUAGACCAGGGGCCGGAAUAUGAUGAGGCAGCGCAGGGGAAUGGCAAGCUAACCUGGCAGGACACCAGGUAAAGCAAAGCCAACCCUGCUCGCCUCCCGCCGACAUGCUGCAGAGCCGUUCCUGCCCGCCUCCCUCCCCCACGCCGCAGAACCGGCCAGCCGCCCUUUACCCUGCGUGACCUCAGCGCCGAGAGGAAGUUAUAACAGCUCCCUUCACUUCCUCUCGGCGCACACGGGACUGGAGAGACAGGAGGAGGCAGAAGCAGGGAGUCUGAAACAGCGGCUGCCUACUCCCAUUAGCUGCAGCCAGCCCCACUAACAAAAUGUCACCUGCUGCUGCCCAGUCCCACUGGAGCCCAAGGGAGUCACCCUCCUGAGCUGAAAAGGUAGGAGGGUUGCUAAAAAUAUGUAUUUUUCUUCUCUAAUUUCUGUAUAUCUGUCAUGUGUGUAUGUCUGUAUGGGUAUUUAUCUGUGUGUAUGUAUGAAUGUUUGUGUUUGUGUAUGUAUAUAUUUGAGUGUAUCAAUAAUAAUACUUUGUGUGUGUGUCUGUCUCCAUGUCUCUGUCAGUGUGUGUGUGUCUGUCUCCAUGUCUCUGUCAGUGUGUGUGUGUCUGUCAGUGUGUCUCUCUCCAUGUUUCUGGCAGUGUGUGUCUGUCAGUGUGUCUCUCUCCAUGUCUCUGUCAGUGUGUGUCUGUCAGUGUGUCUCUCUCCAUGUCUCUGUCAGUGUGUGUGUCUCUCUCCGUGUGUGUCUCUCAGUGCCUGUCUCUGUCAGUGUGUGUGUGUGUCAGUCCGGGUGUCUGUCAGUGGAUGUGUAUGUUUAGGUCACCAGCCCCCUCCGAUCGCAAUGGGAAUUAUGUUUUUAUACAUCUUUUACCCAGCGCCGUACCGGUCUCACUGUAGCUGGCCCACCUUCGUAGCUCAGAUGAUCAAUUACCAAUCUUCAUCUCCUCAUAGAGAUGCAUUAAAUUAAUUAAAAGCAUCUCUAUGGGUAACGUUCAGCACCUCCAUGCAGAGCGUGGAAACGCUGACUGUAGGUGCUGCUCAUUGUGGACUAAGAUAGGAGACACUUUAGUGGCCAUCUGAGUGACAGCCACUAGAGGUGUUACUGGACAGCAACGUAAAACUGCCUUAUCUCUGAAAAAGCAGCUUUUACAUUGAAAAUUCUACAGGGACAGGCUAUAUACACCAGAGCCAUUACAUUAAGCUGUAGUGGUUCUGGUGACUAUAGUGUUCCUUUAAGAAUUGUAUUUUUGUUGUGAGGAUGGGGCGGGGGGCAAGGGGGGAGAAAAGCUGUCUCCUAACUUUUUUAGCUGGCUCCUAGAUUGAAAGCAAAUUUGUCAAGCCCUGAUAUAUAUAUAUAUAUAUAUAUAUAUAUAUAUAUAUUAUAUAUUGCUUUUUCUAAUAUAAAAUAUUGGUCCUUUCAGACUAAAACAUUUAAUUAUACAGUAAGCAUACUCACAUGCAGACACAGACAAUCUCACUGACACACAGAAGCUCAUUGAUACACAGCCUCAUAGGCAAACAAUCUCACUGAUAUACAUAAGCUCAUUGACAUAAAAACACAAGCUCACUCACUAGCAGGCACACACACAGCUUAAUGUAGUGGUUCUGGUGUCUAUAGCCUGUCCCUGCAGGCUUUUGAAUGUAAACACUGACUUUUCAGAGAAAAGGCAGUGUUUACAUUGCUUCCUAGUGACACCUCUAGUGACAGACACUCAGACGGUCACUAGAGGCGCUUCCCGUGUCAGUGCGGAUUGGCUGAGAUCAGGGCCGGCGCUUCCUAUAAGGCGAACUAGGCAGCCGCCUAGGGCGCCAUAUAGGAGGGGGCGCCCUGCGCCCCGCCCGGCCUUUAAAUUCUGCAACGCCUGGCGCUCUAUAGCGCUCCAGCGCUACAAUACUACCUCCCGGCACUGCCGUGGCGAAACUCUCCCUAUCGGUCGCGGCAGCGAACGGCAGAAGUACACGCAAUUGCACUAUCAAUCCCGCCGGAGUCCUGGUGGCUGCUUUUCGACACGCUGAAAGGCUUUGAGAGUAGUAUUAUAAAGAGAGGAAGGGAAGAUUAUUGCAGAGGGGAAGAGACAUUACAGGAGGAGAGGUGAUAUUGUGGAGGAGGGAGAGAGACAUUACAGGGAGAGGGUAUGCCAGAGGUAUUAGAGAGACAUUAUAUAGGGAAGGAGAGGUAUUGAGUAGGGGAGGAGAGUAUAGGGAGAGAAAGGUACUGGUAGGGAAAGGUAUUACAGGAGAAUUGUGGAGAGGUAUUAGAGUAGGGGAGAAAUUACUAUAGGAGGAAAAGGUAUGAGAGUAGGGAAAUUAUUAGAAAUUAUUGGAGAGAAAUUAUAGAGUGAGGAGAAUUAUUGGAGGAAAAUUAUAGGAGAGGAGGGAAAGUACAAGGGAAAGAUAGGAGGGAGAGAACAUUACAGGAGAGGAGGUAUUGGAGAGAGAGACAUUAUAAGGGAGAGAAGGUAUUGAAGUAGAGGAGGAGAGGUAUAGGGGAGGGGGGGAGAAGAUUAUGGGAGUGGGGGGGAAGAUUAUUAGGGGGGGAUUAUUAAAUUGUAUUUUUGAGGAUUAAUUUUAUUAUUGAACAACCACCAUGUUCUCAAUGAACCCAAAAAACUCAUUAAUAUCAAAGCUGAAUAUUUUUGGAAGUAGUUUUUAGUUUGUUUUUAGUUAUAGCUAUGUUAGGGGGAUAUCUGUGUGUGCAGGUGACUAUUACUGUGCAUAAUUAUUAGGCAACUUAACAAAAAACAAAUAUAUACCCAUUUCAAUUAUUUAUUAUUACCAGUGAAACCAAUAUAACAUCUCAACAUUCACAAAUAUACAUUUCUGACAUUCAAAAACAAAACAAAAACAAAUCAGUGACAAAUAUAGCCACCUUUCUUUGCAAGGACACUCAAAAGCCUGCCAUCCAUGGAUUCUGUCAGUGUUUUGAUCUGUUCACCAUCAACAUUGCGUGCAGCAGCAACCACAACCUCCCAGACACUGUUCAGAGAGGUGUACUGUUUUCCCUCCUUGUAAAUCUCACAUUUGAUGAUGGACCACAGGUUCUCAAUGGGGUUCAGAUCAGGUGAACAAGGAGGCCAUGUCAUUAGAUUUUCUUCUUUUAUACCCUUUCUUGCCAGCCACGCUGUGGAGUACUUGGACGCGUGUGAUGGAGCAUUGUCCUGCAUGAAAAUCAUGUUUUUCUUGGAGGAUGCAGACUUCUUCCUGUACCACUGCUUGAAGAAGGUGUCUUCCAGGAACUGGCAGUAGGACUGGGAGUUGAGCUUGACUCCAUCCUCAACCCGAAAAGGCCCCACAAGCUCAUCUUUGAUGAUACCAGCCCAAACCAGUACUCCACCUCCACCUUGCUGGCGUCUGAGUCGGACUGGAGCUCUCUGCCCUUUACCAAUCCAGCCACGGGCCCAUCCAUCUGGCCCAUCAAGACUCACUCUCAUUUCAUCAGUCCAUAAAACCUUAGAAAAAUCAGUCUUGAGAUAUUUCUUGGCCCAGUCUUGACGUUUCAGCUUGUGUGUCUUGUUCAGUGGUGGUCGUCUUUCAGCCUUUCUUACCUUGGCCAUGUCUCUGAGUAUUGCACACCUUGUGCUUUUGGGCACUCCAGUGAUGUUGCAGCUCUGAAAUAUGGCCAAACUGGUGGCAAGUGGCAUCGUGGCAGCUGCACGCUUGACUUUUCUCAGUUCAUGGGCAGUUAUUUUGCGCCUUGGUUUUUCCACACGCUUCUUGCGACCCUGUUGACUAUUUUGAAUGAAACGCUUGAUUGUUCGAUGAUCACGCUUCAGAAGCUUUGCAAUUUUAAGAGUGCUGCAUCCCUCUGCAAGAUAUCUCACUAUUUUUGACUUUUCUGAGCCUGUCAAGUCCUUCUUUUGACCCAUUUUGCCAAAGGAAAGGAAGUUGCCUAAUAAUUAUGCACACCUGAUAUAGGGUGUUGAUGUCAUUAGACCACACCCCUUCUCAUUACAGAGAUGCACAUCACCUAAUAUGCUUAAUUGGUAGUAGGCUUUGAGCCUAUACAGCUUGGAGUAAGACAACAUGCAUAAAGAGGAUGAUGUGGUCAAAAUACUCAUUUGCCUAAUAAUUCUGCACUCCCUGUAUAUAUAUAUAUAACUCAAUCAUCUGGGGAGGCAAGACAUAGCCUUACAUAUUACAUGCGACAAUAUAUGGCGCAAUGGCUUAUGGGGCUGGCAUAGAUUUUUUUUUCCAGGGCUGCUUUGUAUCCCCAGUCCGGCCCUGCAUCCAGCCCGGCGGGAGGGGGACCCUGAGGGUGGGGGCACCCUCAGGGCACUAUAGUGGUCCUUUAACGUGUUACCCAGAUGUGCAGCUUUCCCAAUUUGCUCAAACAGCUGUCCUUCCUCUUCAAUAUUAACAUUAGGUAAUUGUGACAUAUCCCAACCAAUAAGGGAUGUCCUUUCUUUUGCACCAAGCUGAUAAAGCUACCCAUAAAGCUUCCACAUUUUCUUUGUCACAUUCCACUUGCUUAAUAUUUGACUUAACUCAUAGCUGACUUACAAACCUAUUCCACCACAUUUAAUUUCUUUUUCUAUCCUUCCUAAAUGAUUUGUACCCAUUUAAGUUACCUGCCCAGUCAUGUGUCUCAUCCCACCAUGUUUCCGUUACGCCUAUUAUGUCAUAUUGCUUAGUGUAUGCUAAUGCUUCAUGUUCCCCCAUUUUGUUAUUUAGACUCCUUGCAUUAUUAAGUAUACACUUACUUAUAAUCAUGAGUCUCUUACGAUGGGAAUUAUUUAUGGAAUUGUUUAUUACCGGGGGUGCAACUAGCUCUGGGCGCACAAUUGCAAAUAAUUCUGAAUGUGCAGUCUUUAGAGCUAAAACUCUGCAAAUCAAGACAUCGAAGUGGUGAUGGUGGCUUGAGUAACCCUUUAACCCCUUAAGGACACAUGACGUGUGACAUGUCAUGAUUUCCCUUUAUUCCAGAAGUUUGGUCCUUAAGGGGUUAAACCCAAAAUUUAAAUAAACUGCUAAAUUUAUGCACUGAUUUGGAAAAAAUUUGCAGUUCAGCUAUAGUCAAAACAUGGCUGUAUUGGGCCAAAUUUUAGCAUGCUUUUAUUGCUGAACUUUAUGCCAUAUUUGUUUUCAUUAAUACACCUACAAUCUUGUAUUGCAACUUCCUCUAAAACCCCGACAGUCACAUUCCCCAAUAUUUGCUGGCAGAAUAAAAUUGUAAAAUAGUGUCAGGGUGAGAAAGUUUGCUCAUUCCUGACUUCCCUAACUUCUGUGAAUUGUCCCUACAAUUGACGCUGUACUUAAUAAACCUGUGAGGUACAGUUUCAUUAUACCUAAGGAUUGUAGGAAAAUACAUUAUAAAGAUGCUGCUGAGAAUCAUGGGAAGUUGAGCUGUCAGCCUGAAUUAUGGCCUGAUUGUGAAGGAACCUCCGUAGGAUUCUGCAGCACUGCUAAUAAAUACCAGUUGGCUUAACAUCAGCAUUUUAUGGGUCCACAGGUUCAAGUUCACUUCCUACAAAAAACAGGAAUAGCUAUAAUUAUCUCUCUUUAUCAUACAGCAACCAUUUAGCAACUCUCUGUUUUGCAUUGUCCUGGAGAACUUUGUAUUUAAUGUUUAAGUAUAAAAUAUUAAGGGCGUAUUAUUGUUGAUAGAAGGUAUGAUGAUUCUUAGAACUGAGAAAGGAACAUUUACUUAAAGGAACACUCCGGGCACCAUAACAACUUAAUUGCCAAGUUCUGCGGGCGCUUUCUUACCUGAAGGGGUUAAGUCAUUCUUGAAUUGUUUAACCCAAAAGGCUGCCUUUAGUGCCUGACCUCCAUUUCCCCCAGCGGUAUGCACUUCUGAAAAUGACUUUUUUCUUUAUAAAUGGAGAACUACGGUUUGGCUUAGAGCAUUAGCUGACUACUCUAGGCAAUCCGUGACGCCCCUGCCAGAUUCAGAAGCCAGAUGGCACUGGGGCAAUUUAAGAUCUGGCGCUGGAGACAAUCUCUGGUGUUCUUGAACAGUUUAAAACCUUAAGGUAGGAGUGUGCACCAUAACCACUAACUUUAUAUGAAGUGUUUCUUUAAUUAGUUGGGUAUUCUGUGUAUAGUGGAUAAUCGUGACAAUUUUGCCUUUUGAUCAGAUUGUGAAGUUCGACAUUGUGACAAAAGAAAUGAGUAUUUGGACUGAAGACAUGUGCUGGCCUGCUGAACCACUGUUUAUACCACACCCUGAUGCUAAAGACGAAGAUGAUGGUAAUUUGUUUGUUGUUUAUUAAAAAAUACUAUAUUUUGCAGUCUACACUGAGACACACUAAAGAAGAUUAAGAGAAAAUCAGCUCAGAUGGCGUGAAGAAAUUAUGCAGGAAUAAUCCGCUUUGGGAGACUUAAAAAGGGGUUAUUUAUGAAAAAAAAGCAGUCUAAAAUGGAAGAAUUAGCAGGAAUGUUAAAUUCAGGCCUAUGGUGACAGUUAACAAUUUUACCUACAGUUUCUCUUUAAAAAUAACCCUUAAUAUCUAUUUUGGUGAUUGUUAGAAAGAGUGUAUUUGUCGUAUAUGGUCAAGAAGGGCACUGAACUUGCUGGUGUCUACAAAGUUGCAAGAUCUUAAAUAAGUCUCUACUGCUAGGAAUAGUGCCUGUUUUCUAAAGAUGUUGCUAUGUUAUUUAAUCCUGUGUUUUUACAUGCCGUUUUUUUUUGGGAUGGGACAAAUUAUUCUAAAUACUGUGGGAUUGAACAUAUUUUUAAUUUCUUGGUGCACCUUGAGUAUUUUCCUGGGUAUCUUCCUCCAACAACCUGUCCAUAACUACCUCCGCUUCCCCCAGGUUCCAUUGAUCCCUCAUUUCUGACCCCAUCACUCCACUUCCCCCAUGUGAUUAUUUAAUCAGCAUGCCAAAUCAUAAAGUGGAAUAAAACCAAAUUACUCAUCUUAAAGGAUCACUAUAGUGUCCUGACACUAUGUCAUUCUUAGGUACCCCCCAACCUCAGGGCUCCCCUCCCUUGGCGCUGAAGGGGUUAAAACCCCUUCAGUCACCGCUGGGCUCCCACGGCACUGGUGACCUCUCCUCCCCCACCGAUGUCAGCGCCUGAGUGGAGCGUGCAUUCAAACAGUUCAUAGGAAAGCAUUUCUCAAUGCUUUCCUAUGGACGUUCUGCACGCUAGAUGCGAAUUGUAGAAGACAGGAAGACAGCCACUAGAGGUUGGAUUAACCCUGCUAUGUAAACAUGGCAGUUUCUCUGAAACUGCCAUGUUUACAUCUGAAGGGUUAAAACCUGGGGGACCUGGCACCCAGACCACUUCACUGAGCUGAAGUGGUCUGGGUGACUAUAGUGUCCCUUUAACAUAUUCCUCAUUCAUACAUACAUCAAGUUACCUUCAAAACUCCAGCUUUUUCAUAUUCUUUAUAUAUUCUUUAUAUAAGUACAGGCAUUUAAUGUUUAGUUCAGCUAUCAUUUUGGCCUUGUAGGGUAUGAGCAAAAAGAUGCAGCAUUAUAGGACCUAAAUAUAUUUAGAACUCUCUGUAGAUGUUUUAAUGUCUGAUUGUGCAUUCUGGCCCAAUAAUGUCAUAAUUUCCUUUGUGUGAAACAAAUAUUUGAUUUGUUUUUUUAUAUUUUGGGUUAUUUUUUAUUUUUUUUGUAGGUGUGAUAUUGUCCUCCAUUGUAUCUUCUAACCCAAAGAAGUCCCCGUACCUGUUGGUGUUAGAUGCAAAAACAUUCAAGGAGUUGGGGCGUGCAUAUGUCAAAGCAAACCUUCAUCUUGACCUCCAUGGAAUCUUUAUCCCAGAGAAGAAUUAAUUCUAGCCACCAAAAGUCUGAAGUCACAAAACAUGGAGUAUCUUGCAUGAUGAUAUUGAUCAGAUAUUUCCCUAGUAUUUUUUAAAAAUAAAGAAUAUUCUGCUCAGUUCAGUCCUCAGCAACGGAAAAGUUUUUUGUUUUUUUUAAUGUGUUCUUUAUUCAUAGCACAUAUUAACAUUGCAUCCAAGCUUAAGAAUCUCCAAAGACUCCAAUGAAAAUCCUCAAACUUAGGCUCAUCUUGGAAAGACAAGCAUAUUCUAUUUUAGAAAAUAAAUCAUAUUAUAAAGGGAAGCAUCUUGUGCUUUCAAACUGGACUUUGCAACUGACAGAAGGGCAACUAAGUUCUAUCAAAGUAGAUAUUCUGCUUGAUAAUAACAUAGACAAAGAAUAUCUGUAGUUAUGGUAAAUACUGCAUAUCAGUAGGUGAAUUAUCUAUUUUCUUCAUAUGCAAUGCACAGAGAAUUUCAAGGCCUCGUUAUGUUAUGCAACAGAUAGAAUAGCUUCCUUUUACAAUACUGUCAGGUCUGCGAAGCCGGGAGUAGUAUUUUUAUUCUUGGUCUCAAAAUUCUGUAAUAUGUCCUUUAUUGUAUAUUGUUUGUACAUAGAAUUUUAGAAAUUAAUUGUUAUUCAAGUUUAAAUCUAGUAACAUUUUACAAAUAAGUGCAUCCUUUUACAGAGGCACAUUCAUUUUUUGAUUGUGAGAAGGUGGCUUGCCACUUUCUCGCUGAACGGGACACAGUCCAUUUAUAGCUGAACUACCUCUGAUGCGGAUUUCAUUUGAAAAUUAGUUAUGCACUGCAUACACUAAGAGAAAACAGCCUGAUAUACAAUAUCAGAAGCUGUGCAUUAAUGCUGCUAACAAUAACUAUAUCUGAUAAUCAUUAGGGGCUGUGCAUGGGGAGGAAACGCCAUGCACUUUAAAAUUUACAUGGUAUUUUCUCAAAUUUACCAGGGCAUCCCUUCUCCAGUGUUUAUAUCUCUUUAUUUGGGUUUCCCAUUUCAUGUAUAAUUUGGAGUAUAUAUAAUGGUGUUAGUAUACCCAUUUCUGAUUUGAUAAGCUUAUUAUAACUUUUUUUCCAGACAUAGGAUUGACACUGUAGUCAAUGUUAGACCAUUGUUGUUAGAUCCUUAACAAUAUUUUGUUAGCUGGUCAAACUUUAUAAUGUACAUUAUUUGUCGAGCAAUAAAAACUACUUAUUUAGCAUCAAUAAUUUGUGCUAAUACCAGCACCACUAGAACUAUUGAGUGCCAGUACCGUAUUUUGUAUUUUCAGUAAAAAAAAAAAAAAAAGGCAUACUACUAUACCAUCACACUGCUCACAUUUGAUUAGUACUAUUGCAAAAAAUCUUUGGGAAAAAUAUGCCCAUAUUACAGAUGAGCAGUUCACUCACACGUGACAUGUUCAAUUGUCAGAGCAUACUAUAGGAUGAUGUUAUUGAACUAGCUGCAAAUAAAAAAAGCCUCAUAACAUAUGUAUAAUUACUGUAUAAAUGAUGGCACUGAUAAAUGUUUCUAUUCUGUAUUGUAUCUUUUGUAAUGUAUGUGUAAUAUAUAAAUUAACACAUUUUGAUCAGUAAUUUAAUAAUUUGACUGUCUAAAAACGGUUUAUUGUCUGUCAAUAAAUUUUACUAUGGAUUAUAAA